GACGUCCACAAACCCCUCUCCGACUGUGACUCUCUCAAAAGCCUCAAACUCCGCGUCACAAACAUAGGAUGCUCACAGCAUCCCGACCGCUGGAACUUCCCGCUCGACCUGGCCUCUGGGUCCAUAUACCCCUCGAAGCUGGAGUCGCUGGACCUAGAGGGGUACCAUUUCGGCGAUCGGAUGUGGGAUGAGAUAUCAGAGCCGCCCUAUCGGACGAAUUCCAAGUUUUGGGAUACGAUGGAGUGGAUUGGUUCCGGUAGAGCGUGGAAGUGGGUGAGGCAUCUCCCGUUGUCUGCGGAGCAAAAGGCCAAGACGAAUCUGGACUUGUUGCUGCACGCUAUGGAUUUCGGGAGUAUCAAGAACCUCACUUUAAGGCCCAGGGUCGGCCACUAUCCUGACAUCGCGAACCUGAUCCCACACUUGAAAUCGCUUCAGUCGCUCAAGGUCUAUGGCGGCUGGGCAAAAGACCUCAUCUUGGGGGUGCCCGAGAACUCGCUGACGCAUCUGUCGUGGAUAUUCAGCGAUGAGACCGGCGCUUCCGUGUUGCCCGUCCUGCGACACCACGCGCAGUCUCUCAGAAGCUUUGAGUGGCGCGAGGCGGAAAGCGGGAUUCGACAGCGGCGAGUGAUGACGGCAGAAGAAACCUCAGAACUCGGCCGCAUGGCGCCGAACCUGGAAUCGAUUACGCUCGACGUCAACCGCAACGGGACCUGGCCGAUGGAGGUUUUUGACGCGCUGGCGACGAACUUUCCAAAAGUAACCAACAUUACAGUCUUCUUGGAGUUUGCGAGCGAGUGCCGGCGACAGCUGGGAGCCUCCAUGGAGGGGGUGUAUGGCUACGACCAGUGGAAGCUGGACUUAGAAUCGGAUUGCAGUAGCGGCAUUGAGUCCAUGGCCCAGCCGGUGCUGGAUACCAAACCAGUCAUGAAGCUGUUUUAUCGAUUGCGGGAGAAGAAGGUGGGCGACUUGUUGAAAAACGUUGCUUUCUACGCGGGUGAUUGGGAGAGACCGUGGGAUGGGGCUUUGGCAGAGAGUAAAUGGCUCGAUGGCAGGAGAACAUACUCUUUGUGUGAGGCUGUGUACGAUCCCCCUUACUCCAGUGGUGGCGGUUGUAGGGGGAUGACAGGAGGGAUUCCUACGAGGGGCAGUUCCUCCGGGUAUGAGGAACGC